UUAAGAAAGUAAUGAAUGGUUAUAAUAAUUGGAGUGUGGUGCCAUCUUGUGGUUGAUGUGACGAAUGGUAACCGAGCAAGUGACCGACCAUUAGAAGGUGUUACAAAUAAAUGUAAUCAUCACAAGCAUUCAGACACUGAACGUCAACAUCUGGGACGAACAAUUAAAGACGAACAAUCCUCUCAAAGUGCACUAUGAACACUUCAGCUGCUUCCAGUUUAGGAACCAAUCCGAAACCGGGAUCCACAUAUCCCAUCAAGAACCUCAAGACAAUGCAAGACUUCAACAAAGAGCUUAACCAGCCACUUCUCAAGAAAGGACAUACAAUACUGAUAGAUAUGACAUGUUUCCAAAGUGGUGUAAUUGUCCCUUAUCAAGGGACUCAUGUUUGGGAUUCCCACCAUGUGAAGUUACCACAUCUGUAUCCACCGCCUGAAUCCCCCAACAAGUCCCAUUCACCCCCCUCUCACUGGGACGUCACCUGCCGUGCGUUGCACAAUCUCACUAAAGGAAAUAACUCUAUUGGGGAUGUUCAGACCGCAAUAAUGUCUUACAAUUCCAACAACAAGGACAGAUGGACUUUUGAUGCACUCUUUUUAUAUGGUCGGCACUUACAUGCGAAGGACAAUAAUCUCCAUUUGCUGAUCCCAAAUAUGGCCCAACUAGCUCUUGAUUUACCUGAACUCAUUAAACAGCCCAUCCCUCUCCUGCGACAGCAACAGAACCAGGCCAUAACAAUGUCUCAGCAGCAGAUUUCCUGUCUGUUAGCAAACGCCUUCUUCUGCACCUUUCCUCACAGGAACGACACUAAACCUGGUUCAGAAUACGCCAACUACCCCACCAUCAACUUCAGCAGGUGUUACACUGAUCACAUUACACUGGUUCAUUCUGAUCUGAAAAUACUGGUAUUGUAUCAGUUCAUUAUAUAUAUAUAUAAAACCCGGGCACAGAAACUGAGGGCCAUUUUCCAUUACUUCAACACAGUGACAAAUAAAAGUCAUAAUCAAGAUCCAGCAAAACCAGAUGGACUGGUUACUUUUGAAAGGACUAGCAUUCAAAAAUCACAGCUCCCUAAAUGGAAAAUACAGAAGAAGACUCUUACGAACCUUCACAUCUCUUCAGAAGGAUCCAUUGAGCAUGAGGGUACAGGGAUGCUGCAGGUGGACUUUGCCAGCAAAUAUAUUGGUGGUGGGGUGCUGGGAUCAGGAUUGGUUCAGGAGGAGAUCCUCUUCUUCAUGAGUCCAGAACUCAUCGUGGCCAGACUCUUCACUGAGAAACUGGCUGAUAACGAGUGCCUCAAGAUCACAGGUCCUCAGAUGUACAGCUUUACUUCUGGCUACAGCAAAACCUUUUCUUGGGUGGGUCCAUACAAUGAUCCAACAAAGCGGGAUAACUGGAAGAGACGUUAUCGGCAGAUUGUUGCCAUCGAUGCUCUUGACUUCAAGAACCCGAAGGAACAGUACACUAAAGAGAACAUAAAACGAGAACUCAACAAGGCGUUUGUGGGAUUCCACGGAGACAUGAAAACAGCCAUCGCAACGGGCAACUGGGGCUGCGGUGCCUUUAAAGGGGAUCCUAAACUCAAAGCUCUCAUCCAGUUGAUGGCUGCCGCGGUGAGCGGACGAGACAUGGCUUACUUCACCUUUGGCAAUAAAGAACUUGCAAAAGAAAUACAAAGAAUGCAUGAGAUGCUGACCAUCAACAAAGUGACCGUGGGUAAACUGUACAAGUUGCUGAAGAAGUUCUGUGGAAACUGCGCUCAUGAACGUGGCUCGCCAACAGACCUGUACAAAUUCAUCAGAGAGAAGAUCGGGCAGAAGGAUAAUUUACUGUAAACAGAAGUAGUAAAAACAGUUCAGCAGUAUUAAAUAUGUCAAGCUAAACUCUGAAGGAAUUGAAUAAUGAUACAACUGUACUACUAUACAAAAAAACAGUUGAAAUGUUUAUCUUGUAAGACCACAGGUGUCAAAAAUUGAAUUAUUUACCUUAAUUAAAAAGCUUUAUAGUCAUUCAGUAACAGUAACAUCCAAUAAAGGACACAUUUCACUUCUUUAAUG